AUAUGACAGACGGCCCGCCUCGAAUAUGCGGUGCUGUCAAUUCGAACAAUUAUCGUAGACGGAACUUACGAGAUCAGAAAUCCAGUUCAGCUCUACACGGAUGAAUUAGGUCCACGCGAGUCCGAAGAUGGAGAGUCGACGCUCCUCCACUGCCACGAUGGCUCCUGCAGGGGACGAGUUUCUCCGGAGUAUGGCACAAAUCAGGGACAAAUUGAGAAAACGAUUCCUCAGGAAGCCCCUAUAUCUGGAAGCUGCACACAGCUACGAGGCGCUUGCGGCUCGCCAGCACCAACUAGAGUUCCCUGAAGCAGCUGCCAUGUCACACAACGCUGCAGGCGAUGUGUACAGUGAUAUUAAGAGGCUCGGUCCGGCCGCAGACAACUACACGAAAGCUGCGAGAACCUACAUGAAGGAAGAACUCGAACUCAAAAAGUUGUGUAUGCCGUCAAUAGAGGACAAUCUCAUCAAUGCGCUGGAAUGCUACCAUAGAGCGAUUUCCACAUACGGGAAAAUCGCCGAAAAUAAUAAGGGCUCAUCAGGGAUGGUGGCCUCUUUGUGUUACGAGGCUGGAACGAAACUGCAACGACUGGAACGAUUCGGGGAAUCGACUUGGUUCUUGGAGAAGGCCGUUCGCAAUUGGCCUGAGUCGCCAGCCUUGAAAGUGGAGUGUCUCAUGGCUUUGGCCAGUUCUCAGGUGAAUCUUAGUGAAUUCGAGUCCGCCGAGAACACAUUCCACGACGCGUCUGCUCUGGUCCUCCCGCAUCUCCAGCACAACUCCUUCGAAGAGACGCAUCAAUUGAUUCAGAUCUCUUUGGUGCUGCUCAUUGCGUACUUGGCGCCGCCGCAACACAAUCUGACCCCUGCUCAGAAGAUGAUUAUGGAACGUUUUCAGCAGGAGACGGAUGAUUCCCUAGAGAUCGAUGUUUUCCUCACUCUGAAAGCGAUCUUAGAGUGCUGCAGGGAACGAUGUUUUGAGAAAAUGUCCCAACACUAUGAUACAUUGAUAAAUUUCUGUGAGGAGACGCAGAGAAUAAUCUUCGACGAGCUCAUCCGAAACGUUUGCCCCUAUCAUCGAUGUUGA